CUCACCUCCGGUCUGUGCUCCGGUCUCCGCUCCCCUCUCUCCAGCAUGAGUUCGGUCCCGGAGUGGGUGCUCAUCUCCCUCAUCGCCGCGGUGGUCGCCCUCCUCCUCCUCACGCUCUUCGGCCUGGCCGUGUACUCGGGGCUGCUGACUGAGGUGGAGGUGAGAGCCGGGCCGCCCCCCAUCCGCGGAGUGGUCCUGGCCUACAAGUUCCGUGUGGGGCCCUAUGACGAGAGCGGGAACCUGUACACGGAGAGCGUCAGCAUGGCCCCGAAACUGGUGUCCAUAGGGGUCUACUACGACAACCCCAUGAAGGUCCCUGUAGAGUUCUGUCGCUACAUUGUGGGCAGUAUCCUCAGCGAGGGCGAUGAGAAGCCACUCCCCGAUCACGUCCGAAUAUUCCGGAAACAUGGAUUCAAGUUCUGCGUGCUGCCUGAAGUGAACCAUGCUGUGAUGGCCACGUUUCCAUACACGACACCGUUCUCAAUACAGCUGGCCACCACCAGGGUGCACCCUGCGCUGGAGAAAUACGUAAAGGUAGAGGGAAAGCAGGGGCGGGUGCUGCGGGGGCACGUGCUGUAG